CCAGAGUUGACAGGCCAAAGAGUGUGUGAGCUCCUGAGAGAGAGAGAGAGUGUGUGUGUGUGUGUGUGUGGUUGUGAGUGAAUGAGUCUGAUUCUCCUCUCAGACGAGUAAUUGUAUCCUGGCUGACAUGGCUAAGCUCGUGGAGUGCGUUCCCAACUUUUCAGAAGGUCGAAACAAAGAGGUAAUUGAUGCCAUCUCAGAGGCCAUCUCUGGUACUGAAGGAUGCAGCCUGCUGGACGUGGAUCCAGGCUCCUCCACAAACCGAACGGUCUACACGUUUGUGGGGUCACCCCAGGCAGUGGUGGAGGGGGCACUUAACGCAGCCCGCGUAGCAUUUCAGCUCAUCGACAUGACCAAACACUCAGGGGAGCAUCCACGCACUGGGGCCAUGGACGUGUGUCCCUUCAUCCCUGUUCAGAAUGUCACCAUGGACGACUGUGUCACCUGUGCCAACCUAUUUGCUCAGAGAUUGUCAGAUGCUCUACACAUCCCUGUGUAUCUGUAUGGAGCAGCUGCUCGUCAGCAGAACAGGACAUCCCUGCCUGCGGUGCGCGCGGGAGAGUACGAAGCACUACCAGAGAAGUUGAAGAAGAGCGAGUGGGCCCCUGACUAUGGCCCUGCCACAUUCGUGCCCUCCUGGGGAGCCACAGUGACGGGUGCCCGCAAGUUCCUCAUCGCCUUCAACAUUAACCUGCUCAGCACCAAGGAGCAGGCCCACCGCAUUGCCCUGAACGUCCGGGAGCAGGGUAGAGGCAAGGAUCAGCCAGGUCUUCUGAAGAAGGUGCAGGGGAUGGGCUGGUUCCUGGAGGAAGCCAACCUCGCCCAGGUGUCCACCAACAUCCUGGACUUUGAGCUGACCCCGCUUCACACAGUAUAUGAGGAAAUCUGCAAGGAUGCGCAGAAUCUGAAUCUGCCGGUGGUGGGAUCACAGAUAGUGGGCCUGAUUCCUCUCCAAGCAGUGUUGGACUGCGCCGAUUUCUACAUUCAGAAGGAGAAGCUGUUCGUUGUAGAGGAGGAGCACAAAGUGCGGCUGGUGAUCAGCAAGCUGGGCCUGGACUCCCUGGGGCCUUUUGUACCCAAAGAGAGAAUCAUUGAGUACAUGGUGAAGGACAGUGAGGAGGACGGUCGUCUGGUGUCUCAAUCCCUCCAGCAGUUUGUGCACAGCGUGGGGGCCAGGACUGCUGCCCCGGGGGGCGGAUCCGUCUCUGCUGCCAUUGCCGCCAUGGGGGCAGCUCUGGGUGCCAUGGUGGGGCAGAUGACCUACGGGAAGAGGCAGUUUGAGAACCUGGAUGCGGUGAUGAGGCAGCUGAUCCCGCCGUUCCACCAGGCCAUGAACGAGCUGCUGGAGAUGGUGGACGCAGACUCCUCCGCCUUCAACUCCUACAUGACAGCUCUGAAAAUGCCAAAGAGUAACCCAGAGGAAGUGAAAAGGAGGGAGGAGGCGAUGCAGGAGGGCUUGAAGAAAGCGGUCGGGGUGCCCUUGGGUCUGGCCGAGAAGGUCACUCUGCUGUGGCCGUCGCUCAAAGAGAUGGUCCUCCAUGGAAACGUUGCCUGCAAGUCAGAUGCCCAGGUAGCAGCUAAGGCCCUGGAGACAGCUGUGUUUGGAGCCUACUUCAACGUCAUCAUUAACCUGAAAGACAUCACAGACAAGUCCUUCAAAAGUGCUACCCAGCAGAGAGCCACGGCGCUGCUCGAGGAGGCCAAAGCGAGCGUCCACGCCGUCCUGGAGGCUGCAGACACAAGGCAGUAGCGAGGCUGCGGCCAGGACCUGAGAUUGGCCCCAACACUGGCCCCUGACUCUGGGCCCAUGGCCACACAAACACCCUUUUCACUUGCUCAAUUAAACAUCAUCACUCGUGUUACAGCUCA